AGCACAGUUGAAGUUCAGAGUUCAAAAAUUACAGUAAAAAAUAGGGUUCUCGCUGGCUGGGUGCUUGUGUGUUAACAGGGAAAAAUAUACAACUUGGCGAGCAGCGUACACGCUAAUCGGUUGCUACCGCACCGAGAACCGGCAGAGGAAGCCGAAAAUGGCCCUCAGCUAAUCGGCGCCCGCUCUUGCUCUGUUGUCGGCGGAUUUACAGAACGACGGCUAGCUGGGUGCUAACGUUAGCACGCUAGCUUGCCAGGAGCACAUAGCAACUGCAGCUAGCUAACGUCACUGGACUGGUACUGUCUUACUCUGAAGACUGCAGCUAUGUUCGUCCAGGAGGAGAAGAUAUUCGCCGGGAAAGUGUUAAAAAUACAUAUCUGCACCGUGGACGGCACGGAGUGGUUGGAGGAGGUCACGGAAGACACCACUGUUGAGAAACUAAAGGAGAAGUGCUUGAAACAUUAUGUACAUGGAAAUCUAGAAGACCCCAAAACACUCACCCACCAUAAACUUAUACAUGCUGCUACAGAAAGAGUUCUCACCGACACUAAAACAGUCGCUGAUGAAAAUCUCAAAGAUAAAGACGUUUUGCUGCUCAUAAAGAAAAGACCGCCACCGACAGCUCCAAAGAUGGCAGAUGUUAGUUCAGAUGAAAAGAAGAAACAAGAUAAUAAAGCUCCAGACAAAGAUGCUAUCCUGAAAGCCACAGCCAACCUGUCUACACGCCACACUGACCGCACUGUUACCCAGCACAAUAUCAGAGAUUUUCAGACAGAGCUCAGAAAAAUCCUGGUUUCUCUUAUUGAAGUUGCCCAGAAGCUUCUUGCCUUGAACCCUGAUGCUGUUGAACUCUUCAAGAAGGCCAACGCGAUGUUGGAUGAAGAUGAAGAGGAUCGGGUGGAUGAAACAGCCCUUCAGCAGCUCACUGAGAUGGGUUUCCCUGAGAGCAGGGCCAUCAAAGCUCUUAGAUUGAAUCACAUGUCUGUUACCCAGGCCAUGGAGUGGCUGAUCGAACAUGUAGACGACCCGUCUGUAGACACGCCGCUACCAGGCCAGGACUCCUCUGGGGCAGCAGGGGCCACGGCAGCUGCCACACCAGGCCCCUCUGCCUCAGCCUCUGCCUCUGCCUCUGCCGCCUCAGCCUCUGCCUCUGCCUCAGCCUCCGGUCCUAACCUUUUCCGCAGCCUCUCUAGCCAGUCGAGCACAGACGAGAGCAGCAGGCAGGACGAGCUCACAGAGAUCUUCAAGAGGAUCCGCAGGAAACGGGAGUUCAGACCGGACUCAAGAGCUGUCAUUGCUUUGAUGGAGAUGGGCUUCGAUGAAAAGGAGGUUAUUGAUGCUCUGAGGGUCAACAACAACCAACAGGACGCUGCGUGUGAGUGGCUGCUAGGAGACAGGAAACCUUCUCCAGAAGACCUGGACAAGGGAAUCGACACCAAUAGUCCACUGUUCCAAGCCAUCCUGGAGAAUCCAGUGGUCCAGCUAGGUCUAACCAAUCCCAAGACUCUACUAGCGUUUGAAGAUAUGCUGGAGAAUCCUCUGAACAGCACCCAGUGGAUGAAUGACCCUGAGACUGGCCCUGUCAUGCUCCAAAUAUCCAGAAUCUUCCAGACCCUCAAUCGCACAUAGAGCCUCCUGGUGACACCCCCCACCCCCCACCCCGUGUGUGACUGUGGCAGCUUGUGUGUGUGUGUGCGCGCACACGUGCGCGUACGUGUGUGUAUGAAUGUAUGUGUAUCUAAGUAUGGCAGAGACACAAGUAUUGUUUUUGCCUUGUAAAGACACAGCGGGAGGAGUCACAGUAUAAAUUAAGAUGCUAUACAUAUAACUAUUUAUAACAGUACAGUAAAAACACUUAUACAAAACAAAUGUUAACAUAAACAUUAUUAUUACAGUAAUAAUAAAAAAUGAGAUUUAGUAUGUUGUUUUUACAUUUUAAUGAGAACAAUUUAUAGUUAUGACAGACAUGAUUUAUUUUAUAUAAUUUCUCCAUGUGCAAAAAUGACAUCAAACAUCAAUUUAAUGUUUACAGUUCAAAGAAAACAGUUUUUGUAUGUUUUGCAAUAUUUAAAUAUCAAUUAGAGUUUCGUCUGUCUCUUUAAAUUGUUACAUUUCAUCAGUUUUGAAUGUGUGGAAGACUUCUGUCAGUAUCGUGUUUUGUUUUUCUUCUCCCCUUUGUCUAGUGUUCAUCAAAAUAUCUGCUUAUAAGAGAGGCUGGUGGUCAAAGUUGAGUGUUUGUUUGGCUCAUUGAAAAUGGGCUUUCAGACAUAUUACCUCUCUCUCUGUUCAUGCCUAUGAGGUCACUGUAAGUCAACCGUCAACUCAGUUUAAAGAGGAAAAUAUUUGUCCUUCAGACUCUUCAAGAAUAUUUAUUUGACUUUCUUGCCUUUUAGAGGAAAGCUGUACACUAAACUGUUUGUGUCUUAGUCAUGUUUUUACAAGAAAACAAUAUAUUAGGCCUGUGUGUUUAUUGUCAAUGUGCUCUUGAAUGUCAUAUUAUCAUGUUACGUUCAUUUAGCACUUCUACGAAUAUCACUCACUGCAGCACUGAGGAAGUUAAAAGAAUGGUUUGUGUUUUGUCUCAAAAGGCUAUAGUGGGAUGUUAAAUGAAGUUGAGCCUAAUCAAAAGGGUUAUGCCUUUUUAACCUUUAAUUUGAAUGACGAAGAUGCAUGCUCGCUUCACGCUAUGGAGAUGCAAGCAUCUUUAUACAAGUAAAGAAAUAAUAAUGGAAUUUGAGACUCAACCAGUGUUGGUCUUUUGGUUUACUUUUUUCUUUUGAGAGCAACGAACAUUUAUGCUGUCAAACCAAACCAAAAUGUCAUUAUAUAACCUGCCUUGUCAUUCGAUGUAUCCAUUGAGAAUACCCUGUAUUUCUGUGCAAUAGCAAGGACUUCUGUUGACCUGUAAAGAAAUCUAUUUGUUUUGAGUGUUAGAGAUGUGUGAACUGCAAUGGGUAGUGUGUUAUACAAUAUUAGCCUUUGCAUUGAGUACUUAAAAUCUCCAGCUACAACAAGGUGAGCUUCACCUCUCCUCGUUGUACUGAGAGUUAAAAACAAUAUGGAGGAUGGUGUGUUUUGCCAAGGUUUUGAGUGUUUUUAUUCAAUAUUUAAAAUGUGGUAUUGAUGUGACUUUCUGCUCAGGGAGGCUGAGAUUGUUUUCUAAACCUGUCAUUAUGGCAAACCUCUGCUCACCCCCUUCUAGUUUGGCAUUUGAAAAUGGCUUUAACUAAUCUGUCUAGAACUUUGCUUAUGAAUAAGAGCACCACAAGACAUGGUUUCGUAAAUGCAAUAUUUGAAAAUAUUUAAAUGUUUUUAGAGAGAAGUGUUUGUCUGAACUAUGUAUAUUGCAUUAUUUAUAUCAAAGCCAAACUAGUAACUUGUUUUUAUUUAUAACAUUUUUAGCAAACCUCAAAGCUAAUCUACAAAUGUGAAAAAAAUUAAUGAUUCAAAUGUUGUUUUUACAAACCAUUAUGAAAUGUGCUUAUGGACUGGUGGGUCACAGUGUGAUUUAAAGUCGUGCAACAUGUUUGAAUGGAGGAGGAUUUCUACAUAUGUGUCUGGAAGCCUCUCUGCACACUUUCUGCACUGCGGUGGACCUUUAUUAUGGCCACAGUGAUCAGCUGUCUCACCACCUCCGUGCUUGGCAUUGGCAUGCAUACAAAUAAUCUCUCCUUCGUAAUAUCUUGAAACAAACAUUGGGAGAUUGUACAAUUGAAAAAAGAAAAACGUCAACAGAAAAUGGUGAUUUCUUUCAAAACGGUCAACAGGAACAGAAAAGAACAAAAUGAACUUUAUUGCUUAGGGACACUGGAAGAAUUGUUGGAAUCACAGGUUAUUAUUUUCACUCAGCUUUCAUGCAGGACUUUCCCGGAUCAACAACCUAUGCAAUAUACUCUCACAGUCUGUUCAUUCAAACAGCCCCGUGGCUACUGGCAUCUAAAUCACUAUUGCAUUAAAGUUAUUUUUUGUGGCUGUA